AUGCGGCCCCUGCUGCUGCUGCUGCUGGCGGCGGCGCUGCCGGGCGAGGAGGCGGCGGCGGCGGCGGGCCCGGCGGCGCCCUGCGAGGCGGGCGGCAGGCGCUACUCGGCGGGCGAGCGGUUCGUGCCGCCGGGCGAGCCCUGCAGCCGCUGCGAGUGCACGGCCCGGGGUCCCGCCUGCGCCCGAGCCCCCUGCCCGGCCCUGCCGCCCGCCUGCAUCCACGUGAGCCGCUACCCGGCCGCCUGCUGCCCCCGCUGCGAGCGCGUCGGCUGCGAGCACCGCGGCCGCGUCUACGGGCUGGGCCAGCGCUUCCAGCCCUCGGAGUGUGAGCAGUGCACCUGUGACCCGGACGGCAUCGCUCGCUGCCUUGUGGCCGACUGCGCCCCCCCGCCCUGCGUCAACGCCGUCUACGAGACGGGCCAGUGCUGCCCCACGUGCCAGGAUGGUCCCAACUGCUACGCGGACAGGAGCCGGACGCGCGUCAUCCCCGCCGGAGAGGUCGUCUGGGUGGAGCCCUGCACCCGGUGCCGCUGCCACGACGGCCAGGACGCAGGCUACUGGGAGGGCAACCGGGUGGCCAAGUGCGAACUGCUCCGCAACUGCGGCCCGCUGGACCGGCGCAACUCCUGA